CUCCGCCCACGUCUCGUCUUGAGCUGCAGCUCGGAGCCCGGAUGCGCCGCCAUGCCGACUCUAUCAGCUAAUGGAAUAAUUUAUUCAGCAACCUGCCUGACACUCGGUGACUAGGAGUUGCCUCAACUACUCGGAGGGCCACCGCAGUCUCCGGCGGCAGACACUCAGUCGAGCCCGGAGCCCUUGGCCUUGCUUUCAACUUGUGUGUUUGCGUAGCUGCGCCGCCGCCACAUCGAUGUGGAGGGACUUGUGUGGCCAGCUAAGCUAACGUUAGCCGGAGCCAGGAGCGCGCUGGCCACUGACAGCGAGAGAUCCAGGAGAAAUAUUUGAAUGUCUGUUUCCGCUCUGGAAAAGCACCACAAUGUCUGUUGAUGAAGAUACUGUGAAAACGGGUAGCCCGUCCGCCAGUUCAGCAUCUCUGCAGCUCUCAGAGCUUGCUGGAAGUUACAGCAGCGUAUCAGCGGCCACCCCUGAUGCAGACGCUGCCUGUCCUGUUCCACAUACUGCAGCCUCACCAAAACACACCAGCAAUGCAGACGCACACUCAGACAAUGGCAGACAAAGAGUCAGAGGCAACGAGAACAGCGUAAAUCGCAGGAACAGCUUUCAUAACUCCAAACAUCAACAGCAGAUAAAAGUGACGAAGCGUCGCAACACAUCAAACUUCAAUUUCAAGCAUCCAACAUUUGGCAAGCGACGACGACGGGCCAACUCUGAAAGCGACUCUGUUCUGCCGACUAACUUCCUGUUGGGUGGCAACAUUUUCGACCCGUUGAAUCUUAAUAGCCUAAUGGAUGAGGAUGUGAACAGAGCGCUGAACGCAGAAACGCCCAAAUCCUCGCCUCUGCCCGCUAAAAGUAGAGACCCUGUGGAGAUUCUCAUCCCUAGAGAUAUUACAGACCCGCUGAACCUGAACAGUGGAUUGGCAGAUAGCAGCUUCCUGGUGUCUCCCUUCAAGAGUGGUGGGAGGAGAAGACACCGCAACCGACAUCAUGGAGGGACAGGAGGGGGCGGCACUGGGUUUUCAACCACGCAAAUCAAUGUAUCUGAAGACAUGAGAGUCGUAUCAGGAAGAAAUGAGGCGAAAACCUCUCAGCCAGAUUCAGUUGUAGUUAACUCAUGUUCUGCACUGGAAAUCUCCAAAGACUCCAACAACUUGUCCAGUGUUACAAGAGAGUCACAUGAGCACUCUACUGACACGUCCACGAGCCUCAAGGACGAAACAUCUGUUUCAUUGGACGACUCCACUUCAUCUGUAAACCAGCACACGAGCAGACGCAAACGAAGGCGCAACUCGGGAAAGGUGGAUCCUCCUGUAAAUCAUUCUACACCUAUGGAAAAGAAAUGUGCGUCUGGAGGAUGGCUUCACACACCGAGAGCUGGUUCCAAACCUGGAGGUCACCCACACCAGCUUCACCACAGCCAAGCCAAGUCGCAGCAGAAGAAGUUCCAGUUUGGGAACUACAACAAAUAUUAUGGCUACCGCAACCCAAGUGCGAGCGAAGACCCGAGGAUUCGGGUGUUCCACCCGGAGUGGUUUGAGGGGAAAGACGUUCUUGAUUUGGGCUGCAACGCUGGCCACCUGACGCUUUAUAUAGCCAAGACUUUCAGACCCGCCCGGAUAUUGGGCCUGGAUAUCGACGGUGGGCUUGUGCACGCAGCCCGCAAGAACAUCAGACAUUAUCUCUCCGAGUUGCAGACCAAAGAGUCCAGGAGGGAGGCAACGCACAGCAAGGAGGGCGGCAAGUCGGAGAGCAAUGGGCAUGAGUGCGACAAAAGCGGCGAGCCACUGAACUCUGAUCACGCAAACCAACAAGCGGAAUUGAAAAAUGAAAGUGAGUCUCGAAAUGACACCUGUCAAUCCGGUGAGAAAGAGACUCACAAUGAAGAUACAAAAGAGCAGGACUGUUGUAAAUCUCCGUCGGACCACUCCGCAAGCUGCACCUUUCCUUUGUCUUUGCGGAUCUCCAGAGGACCCAUCGCUGCACCUCCUCUCUCAGAAAUGCCCAACGUGCAUCCAGGGCAGUUCCCCUCGAACGUGUCCUUCAUCAAGGCAAACUACGUCCUGGAGAAUGAAAAUCUUCUGUUGACUCAACGCCCAGAGUACGACGUCAUCUUGUGCUUGAGCGUCACCAAGUGGGUCCAUUUAAAUUGGGGGGACAGCGGCCUCAAACGCCUCUUCAACAGAGCCUUCAGACAUCUCCGUCCAGGUGGCAAGUUCAUCCUGGAACCGCAGCCCUGGGAGUCCUACGUGAGGAGGAAGAAGCUCACUGAUAACAUCAACAAGAACUACCGCAGCAUCCGUCUAAAGCCUGACCAGUUCACGUCUUUCCUCACAAAUGAAGUUGGCUUCAGCAGCUUUGAAUUCCUUGGAACACCCAAGUGUUCCGUCAGAGGGUUCCAGAGGCCGAUGUACUUAUUUCACAAGUGACUGCUCAAGCCUUGAAGAUCUUUCUUCAAAGAUGAUUUGUGGGAGAUAAAAGGACCAAAAGUGACAUUCAAGGUUGUGAACUUUUACAACAUGGAUCUUUGCGGCUGCGUUUGGUUGAAGGCGAGUCAUUUUGGUCUGUUUUUGUGACACGAUGCACAGCCGUCAAAUGUUUUUGAAUCUCUUUAACCAUUGAGAGCUGAUGUUUUAUCACUGAUCUGUGCCUCCGUACUAUUUUGCACAUCAUUCAGAAGGUCUGGUGCUCAUGCUCACCAUUGGCUGCUAUGAGAGGACGACCAUUUCAGAACACAGUGUCACCAGUGAAGUACAGGUUUAAUCCAUAACAGGAAAGAAUAAUUAGAGGCACAUAUGCCAUAACUGAAUAUGGGAUGGAAUCAUUUUGAAGGAAGAGGCUUUACAUUACUUUAAACCCUGUAUUGUUCUUCCCCCCCUCCCCACACAAAUGAAGGCUAGGAGUCAUUCAAGUCCCAUAAUUUCAUUUUAUACUGUACAUAUUUUUGCACUGGCAUCGUUGCUUUAAGUUUAAAGAAGUUACAUUUUAGAGCUUUAAAUUGAGCUGUUUAUGGAAACCUCAUCUAUGGUCGCCAUACACAUUUCAUUAGAACAACAACAAAAUAUUUUUGGGACUUUAUUCGUUUUCAAUGGAGUAGUUGUCCUCCUGAUGCUUGGUUUUCAGCUGAGGGCAACUGCUGGGUCAGAUGACGUUCAGCUGGUCUAAAAUAGUUUGAGCACAAAGAUCCCAAUUUUUACAAGAUAAUUCAGAGAGCUGUUUUUAUCUUUUAAAAAGAUGUUUAAGCCUGAAUGUCAAAUUUAACUGUGACACAAUAACAAGACAUCCCUGGUUCUCUUUUUUUUUUUAAGAUUUCUGUAAUUUUCAAUCGACUCGCUCGACACCUCUGGUUGAACCCAAGUGUUGCCAAAAUACCCUGACGUCCGAACCCACUGAGGAUGACGGUGGCUAUUUUAUGAUUGUAUCUUAAUUUGAGUGCACUGAACACUGUUGAGCUCUCGGGCAGCUGGAGAAUCGUUUUCUUUGGUGACUGGUUCAUUACAUUUGAUGAUCGAUUUCAGUACGGUGGAUGUAAAUAAGGGCGCAGAUUUUCAUUCUGUUUAUAAUUGUUUUGUUCUACAUAUGUUUGCUGCCAACGUGUAAGUCACUUAUAGUUCUGUAACAAUGAAUGAAAUUGUACAUUUAAAAGGCUCCAAUGUGUUUGCUAUGUUGUCUUCCACCAGGCACAUAAGUUAGAUUCUCUGUUGUUUUGUUUUUUUACACAUAAAUUGUUUGAAAUGAGCAAAGGAGUCGGAGCUUCAUUCUCAGUUCUUUCUUAAAUGUUUUGGCGGUUAAUGCAGCAAUUAUAAUGAGGGCAAGUUCAUGCCCAAAAUACCACUGUGUCAUCUGAGACUUUUUAUGAGGACCUUUUACAUAGGGAUGUAAAACUGAAUCACGAACUGGACCAAAAUCUGAAGCGUAGGUGAAGU